GUACAGAGUUGGAGCAGGCUGCUGUGUGGGACUGCCUGAGUUGGGGAUUUGGGACUGACUUCUGGUGUCUGCCUCUGAGCGAGAGGGGAAAACAGCAGCUGAUGGCAGAGGGAGAUAAGGCAAACUGAUUUCAAGAGCUGGUAGCAACAGAGAGAGAGAGACAAGGGAAGGAAGCUAACAGUGUGAGGUUCCACUUCCCGUUGAAGGAUCCCUCCCUCUUUCAGAGAGAGGGAAUCGCUGUGAGUGUGGAAGGCAGGGCUGUGGGAGAGACUCUCUCACACACACACACACAGAGAGAUGGCCAGUGAGGAGCAGUACUCCCCUGCCUCAGAGGGAGAUGGGCUACUCAGCCGCUUCCAGAAUUACGCUCGGACCAGGAAAGGCAUGGUGUUACUCGGAGAGGUGUUGCUGUGCCUGGUUGUGUUCAUCUGUUUCUGUUCCUCGGCGUAUGGCGGCUAUUCCACUGCCCCCAUCAUCGAGCUCAUCUUCAGCCUCAUCUUCUUCAUCAUCUUCAUGAACCGGUUCGACCAAUCAAUGAGCUUCAUUCACUGGCCCUUGACGGAUCUGAUCCGCUGUGCCAUUGCGGUGAUUGUCUUUGCCAUCAUUUCCAUUAUCGCUCUCACCAGCAACGAUGGGCCUCGGAUAGCUGCUGGGGUCUUCGGGUUAAUCGCGGCUGCCCUGUUUGGGUACGAUGCCUACCUGAUCAUCCCGAGUAUUCGGAGCAGGCAGCACGCCCAAGCCCCCAGGGAUUCCGUGGUCACCUAACGUGGCCGUUCACAAGGGGGAGCGGGACAGGCGGUCGGGAAUGCCGGAGCUGCCUCAAAAUUCCCGUCCUGGCCCUGAGGGGGAACAGCCCAGGAAGCCAUUCCGUAGUCUGCCCUCCGCUGCGUUCCCAAUCCCGAUGCUUUUUCACCCGGUUCCCCAUGGCAACCUGUGCCCUAAUCCCGAUCCCUCUGUUCGCCUGGUUCCCAUGUCAUCCCUGUAUCCCAAUCCCAAUCCCUCUGUUCACCUCGUUCCCAUGGUAUCCUAGUCCGAAAUCCAAUUCCUCUGCUCGCCUUGUUGCCUUAGUAUCCCUGUAUCCCAAUCCCAAUCCCAAUCCCUCUGUUCACCCCGUUCCCAUGAUAUCCUAGUCCGAAACCCAAUUCCUCUGUUCGCCUGUUGCCUUAGUAUCCCUGUAUCCCAAUCCCAAUCCCAAUCCCUCUGUUCACCCCGUUCCCAUGAUAUCCUAGUCCGAAACCCAAUUCCUCUGUUCGCCUGUUGCCUUAGUAUCCCUGUAUCCCAAUUCCAAUUCCAAUCCCUCUGUUCGCCCCGUUCCCAUGGCAUCCCUGUAUCCCAAUCCCAAUCCCUCUGAUACACUUGUUCCCGUGGUAUCCCUGUAUCCCAAACCCAAUUGCUCUGUUAGCCUUGUUACCAUGGUAUCCUUGUCCCCAUCCCAAUCCCUCUAUUACCCUCGUUGCCAUGGUACCCUGGUCCCAAUUCCAAUCUCAAUCCCACCCUCGUAUCCCUGUAUCCCAAUGCCUCUGCCAGCCUGUUUUCCUCACGGCAUCCCGUAGCCCUAACCCCAUCCCCUCGGAUUCGUUCCCCAUCCCACUCUACCUCCUGCUCCCCUUCACACCUGCCCCACCCCAAGUCUCCCCCUCCCUCUCUCUCAGUCUCCAUCCCUCUCUCCUUCUCUCGCUCUGUCUCCCCUGCCCUCCUCUCUCGUCCUUGUCCCUCCCUCAGUCCUCCUCGGUUCCCCUCCCUCCUCAGAAACCUCUGCGUGGCAUCCACUCCUUCAGCGACAGGGAUCGGGCCUAACAAUUGCUUGAAGCCUGACCCUCGAGUUACAAAUAUGAAGGGCCCCGUCUCCUCAUUGCGAGCCGGGGACCCUUUCAUCGUGCACUCGCUCGUGAUCAUGUUAUUUAUGUUAUCGAAUAUCCGAUAGAUGCUGUUUCUAAUUUAUAUAAAAAGGGACAAUUCAGGCAGAA